AUGUUAAGUGAAGCUAUUGUUUGGAUUGCUGAACAUAAGUAUGGUAUUAAAAACAUGUUACAUUUAUUGGAUGACUUUUUUGUAGUAGACAGUCCUGAUGACGGUGGAGAACGAACAUCUGCCAUGAUUAGUUUUAUUUUCAAUCGGCUUAAAAUUCCUUUAUCAGUAAAUAAAACUGUCGGCCCUGUUCAAGAAAUUGAAUAUUUAGGUUUUAUUCUUGAUUUAAAUCGCUUGGAGGCAAGAUUACCUCAAGAAAAAGUAUUACGUUUCAUGGAAAUGAUUAGAUCUUUACUUAAUCGACGUAAAUGUAAAAAAUGUGAAUUACUAGUUGUCCUAGGUCACAUGUCAUUUGCAUCCAGGGUUGUUAUUCCAGGCAGAACAUUUGCUCAUUAUUGA